GUGGAGAGUUGUUUGGCGCCGAUUUUUGAGUUUUGAUUGAGCCGCGUUCACAUGAGGAGGAAGAGGAAGAGAAUUCAGGUCUAUUAUUAUUCUCUCCUGUUGGAUUUUCCGGCUUGUCUCUCUCCUUUACUUUGGGAUACAGGUUUGGCCAGGACUCGAAAUGUAUAUAAAGUCUAUCAUUUUGGAGGGCUUUAAGUCCUACGCGGAGAGGACGGAGAUUAACGGCUUUGACCCGCUGUUUAACGCCAUCACCGGCCUCAACGGCAGCGGCAAGUCCAACAUCCUCGACUCGAUCUGCUUCCUGCUCGGUAUUACUAACUUAUCACAGGUCAGAGCAUCAAAUCUCCAAGAUUUAGUCUACAAAAAUGGCCUUGCUGGAAUCACUAAAGCCACAGUGUCCAUCACUUUCGACAACUCGAACAAAAAACAGAGCCCACUGGGGUUUGAGACCCAUGACGAGAUCACUAUCACUAGACAGGUUGUGAUCGGUGGGCGGAAUAAGUAUCUCAUCAACGGCGUGAACGCAAACAACAUGCGUGUCCAGGAUCUGUUCUGCUCCGUCGGGUUGAAUGUCAACAAUCCACAUUUCCUCAUAAUGCAGGGGAGAAUCACUAAGGUCUUGAAUAUGAAACCCCCAGAGAUUCUGGCCAUGAUUGAAGAGGCCGCUGGUACCAGGAUGUAUGAGUGCAAGAAGAUCAGCGCUCAGAAAACCAUUGAAAAAAAAGACGCGAAACUGAAAGAGAUUCAGACGAUCCUGGAUGAGGAGAUCACCCCUGCUAUGGAGAAACUGAAAGAGGAGCGCGCUUCCUAUUUGGAGUACCAGAAGCUGAUGCGCGAGAUCGAGCACCUGAGCCGGCUGUACGUUGCGUGGCAGUUCGUGUGUGCUGAAGAGACCAAAUUAAAGUCGGCUGAGGACCUGCAGCUGAUGCAGAGUUCCAUCAGCGAGCUCCAGAGCAGCAUGCAGAAGAACGCCGACCGCAUCCGUGAGCUCAGUGAAGAGAUUAAAGUGCUGGAGAAGAGCAGGGACAAGGAAGUGGCAGGUGUUCUCAAAACUCUGGAGGAUACUGUGGCUGAGGCCCAGCGAGUGGACACUAAAGCUCAGAGUGCUCUCGAUCUAAAGAAGCAAAAUCUUAAGGAUGAGAUUAAGAAAAGGAAAGAACUCAUCAAAAACAUGGAAGAGGACAAGAAGGUGUUGUCAGCGAAAGAAGGCGAGGUGGCAAAGGCGGGGGAGCGGCUGAGGGCCGUGCAGGAGGAGGGGCAGAAGGACGCAGAGGAACUGGAGGCGGCCCAGCAGCACUUCAAGGCCGUGUCUGCCGGCCUCUCCGCCAAUGAGGACGGUGAGGCGGCUACGCUGGCGGGUCAAAUGAUGACCUGCAAGAACGACAUGAGCAAAGCAGAGACGGAGGCCAAGCAGGCCCAAAUGAAGCUGAAGCAUGCUCAGCAAGAGCUGAAAAGCAAGCAGGCCCAGGUGAAGAAGAUGGACAGCGGAUAUAAAAAAGACCAGGAUGCUUUUGAAGCUGUGCAGAAAGGCAGAGACAAACUGCAGGCCGAACUCGAGAAACUCAACUAUGAAGAUGGUCGAGAGGAGCAUUUGAUUGAAAAGAAAAGGCAGCUAUCUCGUGAAUUUAACAACCUACGGGAGAAAUACGAGUCCUUCAUGGGACGUUUUCCUAACCUGCGCUUUGAAUACUCGAAUCCUGAGAAGAACUGGGACCCCAGUAAAGUCAAGGGUCUGGUGGCGAACCUCUUCACGGUGACUGACGUGUGUAACGCCACAGCUCUGGAAGUGGUGGCAGGGGGUCGGCUCUAUAACGUAGUGGUAGAUACCGAGGUAACCGGAAAGAAACUUCUGGAAAAGGGUGAAUUGAAACGCAGAUACACCAUCAUCCCCUUGAACAAGAUCUCUGCACGAACCCUCGAUGAUGGAGUAGUUCGCACAGCCAAAAACAUUGUGGGAGAGGAUAACGUUCACACGGCUCUGUCUCUCGUGGGUUACCCGUCUGAGUUGCGUAAAGCCAUGGAGUACGUUUUCGGAACCACGCUGGUGUGCGAUACUCUGGACAACGCCAAGAAAGUUGCUUUCGAUAAAGGUGUCAGCACCAAAACCGUGACCCUCGGUGGAGACGUGUUCGAUCCACAGGGAACGCUGACUGGAGGCGCUCGAGCUCAGACAGCCUCGGUGCUCUCUAAGCUGGCUGAGGUGAAGGAAGUACAAGACAAAUUAAGGGCCAAAGAGGCAGAGCUCUCUACGGUGGAACAGGAACUCGGCAGCCUCAAGGGAACCGCUGAAAAGUAUCGUCAUCUGAAGCAGCAGCUGGACCUGAAAACUGAAGAAGCUCAGAUCCUGGAAACCAAACUCCAACAAAGCUCCUUCCACAAACAACAGGAGGAGCUUGAGAACCUCCGCAAGACCAUUGAGGAAAGCGAGGAGACGCUGAAGAAGACGAAGGAGGUGCAGAAGAAAGCAGACGAAAAGUACAAAGUCUUGGAGAACAAGAUGAAGAAUGCCGAGGCAGAGCGGGAGAAAGAGCUGAAAGCAGCGCAGCAGAAACUCAACCAGGCAAAAAGCAAAGCAGAUGCAUUUAACAAGAGACUAAAAGAGAGACAACAGGAAGCUGAUGCUGUGGCUUUGGAGCUCGAGGAGCUGAAGCGGGAGCAGGCUGGUUAUGAACAGCAGAUUCAGGCUGUGGACGAGGCGAUGAAAGCCUUACAGGAACAGAUCAGUGCAAUGACCACUGAGGUUGCAGCCAAUAAGGAUGCGGUGCGAAAAGCGCAGGAGCAGCUGACUCAGCAGAAAGAGGUGAUCCUGGCCCAAGAGCGAGAUAUCAAGGGGAAGAGUGAAGAAGCCAACCGGUUACGAGAACACAACAACGACGCUCAGCUCAAAAUCAAAGAGCUGGAACACAACAUCAGCAAGCAUAAGAAGGACAGUGCAGAUGCUGCCGCUAGGGUGACGCGCAUGCUGGCCGAGAACGACUGGAUCUCAUCCGAGCGCAAUCUCUUCGGCCAACCCAACACCGCGUACGACUUCAAGGAGAACAACCCUAAAGAAGCCGGUCAGAGACUAAAGAGACUGGAGGAGACCAAAGACAAGCUGGAGAGAAACAUCAAUCGCAGAGCCAUGAACAUGCUCAGUGAGGCUGAGGAACGGUAUAACGAUCUGAGAAAAAAGAAGAGGAUCGUUGAGAACGAUAAAGCAAAGAUCCUGGAGACCAUCAAAGAGCUGGACCAGAAAAAGAACGAGGCGCUCAACGUGGCAUGGCAAAAGGUGAAUAAGGAUUUCGGAUCCAUAUUCUCCACGCUGUUGCCUGGAGCAGAUGCUCGUUUGGCUCCACCUGAGGGAUGUGGUGUCCUUGAUGGCUUGGAGUUUAAGGUUGCACUUGGAAACACCUGGAAGGAAAAUUUGACAGAACUGAGUGGAGGACAAAGGUCACUGGUGGCCCUUUCAUUGAUUUUGGCCAUGCUGCUGUUUAAACCUGCGCCGAUCUACAUCCUAGAUGAAGUGGAUGCUGCUCUUGACCUCUCGCACACACAGAACAUCGGGCAGAUGCUGCGCACACACUUCACACACUCUCAGUUUGUGGUUGUGUCGCUGAAAGACGGCAUGUUCACCAACGCCAACGUUCUCUUCAAGACCAAGUUUGUGGACGGUGUUUCUACAGUCACACGCACGACUCAGAGUCAUGAGGGAAAAGUUCUGGCCCAGCGUGCACAUGCCAAAGCCAAGACUAAGGAUAAACGCCAGCGUGAGCUGCUCGCCAGUUAAACACACAGUCGCAGGACACGCAGAUACUCUUGAUUAACUUCGCUUCUUUAUUCUAAACGCAUAUGUAUACAGUUUUCUUUAAACAAUUAGCAUAUUUGCUCUUAACCAAUUAUUUCAAAAAUGUAAGUUGUGCUUUGGACUGAUCUAAAAUAGUGCGGCAUUGUUUUAAAAGUUUUGACCAGCAAAAGGUAUCAUCAUGUAACAGAGUACACUGCCAAUGUUUAUUAUUAUUCAUGGGCACAAUUUUUUUUUGUGUGUGUACAGUGUUUAUAUUUUCUAUCCUGCAUUCUACUUCAUUUAUCUUGCCUUUGUUCAAAAUUCAUUUUAUCUAUUCACUUUUAUACUCUAUCAUUUCUACUUCUAUAAGAUGCAUUUUUUUCUAGUUUGGUUGAUUUUUUUUUUUUUGCAAUAAACGUGCAAUUGAUUAGA